CUGGUUCAAGAUGGUGGACAAGAGUGGAAAAGAGGACAAGGCGCGAGGGGAGGUGCUGCUAGAUAUCCAAUUUAUGAGGAACAACAUGUCAGCCAGCAUGUUCGACCUUUCUAUGCAGGACAAACCGCGCUCUCGCAUCUCCAAGCUGAAGGACAAAGUCCGUGGGAAGAAGAAAGAUGGUUUCUCCGACUCUGCUUCAGCUAUUGUUCCCUCUGUCAGCAAUGUUCUCACAGACAGCGAGGGCGAGGCUGACGCACAGUCACUCAACCAGUCUCCUGGAGUUAAAAAGAAAUCAAGGCUCAAAACUCUUUUUGCUCCCAAAUCAAACUUGCAGAAAAACAUGUCACAGUCCAUGUCCACACUGGGGACUCUUCCAGAGAAGAAUUCAUCUCUCAGCAGCAGCCGCUCAUCCGGCCUCAAUGUGGACUCUCCUGAUGGUAACUUCAUCUUUCUAUACUCUGUGUUAUGGCGCAUUUCCACUACAGGGCCUCGCUCGGCCUCGCUCCGUAUGGCUAGGCAUCGUUAG